UUACAGGUGAUACCUCAUCAGAUUAUGACGAUGAUGAGUCAAGCACCUAGAUUAUUAUAAUCCGCAAACCUAAUAGAAGUAAUCAAGUGAAUUAUUCCAUAAUAUAUACAAAAUAAAUUAACCUUCAAAUUAAAGCUAUAAAUACAAAACAAAAUUGUGAAACUACCAAAGUACAACCAACAAUAUGGACUUCUGUGAACUGCCGGAAAUAUUUUUGGGCUUCCUCAACGACCUCUUCUUCUCAGACAUAACCGAUGAGGAGUACUUUGGCGAUUAUUACGACUACUAUUGAAAUAGACCAGCGAUCGUGAGCAAAUAAAGUUGAUAUGAGCAUUUAUCUGUAA